AUUACUCAUUUAAUAAUGAAAUCAAUCAGUCAAAAAGUCACCGAAUCAGUGAGGCUGUCUUUUGCCGUGUGGAUUUCCAGUGAAGAUUAUUUCUGCUCCCUGCUGCCUCUUGUUCAAAACUGCACCAGGCUGCUGGUGUGGAUUCAUGCUAAACAGCGGAGGAGACGACGUGCAGCUGAAUGAUAACUACAGAAGCCUGUGAGAAACAGAUGUGCAGGGAAAGCCAGUGGUAGACAAGGGAGAGUGACUGGGAGAGGAACUUGAGAAGGACUGGGAGGGAGACAGAGAGAGACCAGGAGGGCGCACGUGGGAUUCUCUGGAAGAUCCAGAACACCACAUUCAAGUGAAUGGCACAAGAAAAAAACAAACGACCAAAUCCCACAGGCAUGGCAGUGUGGAAUGUACCUGUGCAGUGAGUAAAGAAUUGCUGGAAGCACUGUAGUAGAACAGUGUAAAAAAAAAUCCUUGUCUCACGAGUCUUUCAUUUAAAAUGGACUUUUUUGGACUUUAUGUGUCAUCUUGUGAACAUAUCAGUUACAACCGAAGUGGCUUGGCUGACCAGAACCAGAAUCAGAAUCGCUACUGCCACAUGACCAAGGCCGGUGGGAAUUUCAGUUGACACAGCUUGCUAUUGUUGGAGACGUCAUGAUAACAGACAACUAACAGCUGGAAUAAAGAAGGCAGAAAAUAAAUACAAGAAACAAGAUACACAACAGAGACGGGUAAAUGCAAGGACCCAUAUUUCUGCUGAUCUUCCUGGCUGCUGGUGAGGUGGGGAACAUUCAGGCAAGACCAAUCGAUUUUGUGUGCGAUGAUCACGCUCGGAGAGACAUGAACACACUGAAAAAACUGGAGGCAGCUAUGAGUGGCUGCAGUUCGUCAGCCUCACUUCCAUCUCCUAUCCAGUUGCCUUGCGUUAAGAUCCAUAAAGCAUCUUGGGAUAAGAAAUCGUUGCAGCAGAAAACAGGGGAGGUCCAGGCUGCCCUAGAGAUGCUAGGUCAAGAUGUAAGGGCGACAAUGACUCUUAGUCAGCCCACAUGUCAGCUGUCACUGCUGCAACAACUGGAACACAGCAUCUCCAAUUACCUGCAUGUAGUGACUCACCUGGAGAUCACAGGUCAAGUGGAGAAACUGAACUUUUUCUGCCCAAGCGAACGCACUAACAACUUGGGUUUCGUCCUGUGGAAUUUUGGGAGGCUGCUCUCAGGCAAACUGGAGUGGCUUGUAGCAGAGCUGAAGGACAGGUGUCAGGUGGGAAGGCCAACUACCAACAUUUGACUUCUGGCUCCACACUGAGGAUCAGAAAGGCCACAUGCCCUAGACAGUGCGAAUGCCGGCAGAGAAGCCUUUCCAUCAUGGCACCGUUUGCACUGAAUGUCGUUUUAAUGCCCUCUACUGGACAAUGUAAAAAUUACAAACACUAAAAACAUCAAAAUGUCAGCAUUGCAGUCACUUGGACGAAACAAUGCAUGCGUACAUAAAAAAGCUGAAGACAGAAAACACCAAUCGGCUGAACCAAGCAACCGACAUAGUAAUACAGAUUCCUGGCUUUUUGUUUGUUACAAAUAUGGUGACCAGAUAAUCUGUCAGGGAGGACACUUUGAACUGCUUCAGUUUUAUAAAACUUAAUUUAAAACUGAAAGGCUUCCUGACUUUGCACUGUUUUUUUUCUCCUAUGUUAAACUAUUUUGCACCCUCCAUAUAAUCUUUUUUUAUUCAAUAUUAAAUUCUACAACCGUUACCUUAAUCUUUUGUACCUCACAAAAUAAAAGUUUCUUCGACUCUUUGUUAAGUGCUUUGGGGCAACUAUGUUGGGAAAGAUGCUCUACAAACUGAAUCAAACUGGAUAUCAGGCACAUGGUGGCUCAGGCAGUAGACGGGGGGAUGGUUCUCAAAAACAUUGUUUCGCCCAUAAUUAAGUUAUUGUAACCCUGCAGCUGAAUAGUCCCAACUAUGUACGGUAAUUUGUCAACGGGGUCUUUUGGGAAACGUACGCCGGCUAACUGGGCAGGGUUGAAAGCGAAGUAGGCUAUUAUAUGCCCUCUUUAGUUUCAUCCCUUCAAAAAAGAAAUGAAAAAUAACAAAUGAAAUUAAAAUAAUGAUGUAUGUUUGCUUAAAAUAAAAUAUUGUUGUAAAUAUAAUCAGACUUUAACGUUGAGAAUUUUAAUCCGGCGCUGCCACAAACAGCUUUUGAAUUCCCAGCAUUCUUUGCGACCUCCUCUUCAUCCAUUUCACUGGCUUUGCCGCUUGGUGGCGGGAGUAUGUACUAAGUUACAGUCAAAUCUUCUGGCUGUUUACUGUAUGUGAGGAGUGUUAAUUUCCAUUUCUAAUUAAUAUCAUGUUCUAUAAGUUGCUGUUGAUCUAGAGUAAUUUGCGGAUCGUUGUACGAUGCCUCUGAUAUUUAGGGGAUUUCGAUUUUGGGACUGCGCAGGUGAUAGUAAGCAGCCGGCUCGGACAGGGACAGACGGGACAUCGGAAUGUGAAAAAAUGUGUGUAAAACAUCCAUUUAAUCUUUCGGGAUUGUGGGCCAUGGCUGCUGAUUAUUCGACAGUGGUCAUUUAGAGAAAUCGUAGCGCGCAUGUGAACUCUAAUCUUGUUACUGUGCGUAGUUUUUAUUUGGCCUUCCCACGUGUAAUUUCUACGUCUCAUUCUAUCCAGGUCUUGCUAUAAAUCGCAAGAUGCGUGAAAGGUGAGUAACUAAUUAAGGGUCGUGCUUCGUCUGAACGAGAUUAAUAUUCAUAUUUGCAGAAAACCAGUGCCUCUAGGUGUUGCCCGUUUGUUCCAUGUGUAACGAAUGGGGUGUCAGCAGGGGCAGACAGGAACUCUUGUGUUGGACAGAGAAAGGUGUGACUCUGUGCACCUUUUAACGUCCUCUGCAAGCACAGGCAGAAUGAAGUACGGCCUACUUUUAGGUUUUGUUGUCUAGAAAUUAGCUGAUGAAGCUUCUUAAUAUUUUUAAUAUUUACGCAGGUGCUAUUCUCACAGUAUUUUUGCGAUCUAAUUUUUCUGUAUUCAAGUUACCUAAUGGUGCAACAGCCAGACUCUCGGGCUUAAAGCGGCAGCCUUCACACUGCCUUUAUAUAAGCUUGUCUGUUCUUUUCCUUCCUUAUAGGCUCUAUAGCUAGGAUCUAACUACCAGUGCGAGUGCAAGUCUACUCGCGAAAUGAGUUGGGCGUCUUCUGGGGAGUAGAGCAACCCCAAGAGGCCCCAUCUCAAGACAAUGGUCAUUUCGGUCAAGGUCAGGAAUGCCCAUGAGGAGUAUUAACCCUACUAUGAGAUUAUGUAUGAGGUGCCUCUUACUAAAUGCACCUUUGAGGCAGCGUGUGAUUCAGUGGUUUAAGUCUCAGUGCCUGUAAUCAGAAGGUCACUGGUUCAAGCCCAGCCUUGUCACGUCUGCAGGUCCGUGAGGAAGGCACAGAACCCACAGCUCUCUGGGCGCUGCUUUGUGCCCGGCUUGCUCUCACCUACAGAGAGCGUGUUGGGGGAGGAGUAAAGAGAAAUUCCCCAUGGGGAUCGAUAAAGUAUCAGUUAUUAACCUCUGCAGGUAUAUGCUGCUGGCUGCAUUUCUCGGCACUGGCAGCACCACUCACUGCACCACAGUUCACUGUACUGAUGUUGCAGCGCUGCAUGGCUAUAAACACCUGCUGAAUAUAUGUCUAUGUAUAUAUCUAUAUAAUAUGAAUAAAUAAAAUGAACUAUCUGUGACGGA